AAGUGGUUUGUGCAUAGUAGAGAAGAGAGAAUAAUGGAUGAUUUCAGUGAUCGGUUUCCCAUCGGAAUGCGUGUUCUUGCCGUUGACGAUGAUCCUACUUCUCUCUUGCUUUUGGAAACUCUCCUCCGAUCAUGUCAAUACCACGUAACCACAACUAGUGAAGCAAUAACUGCAUUGACUAUGUUGCAAGAAAACAUAGACAUGUUUGACCUGGUAAUCGCUGAAGUUCACAUGCCUGACAUGGAUGGACUCAAGCUGCUGGAACUUGUAGGACUUGAAAUGGAUCUUCCUGUCAUAAUGUUGUCUGCACAUGGUGAAACGGAGCUGGUGAUGAAGGCAAUUUCCCACGGUGCCCGUGAUUUUCUGCUGAAACCUGUGAGAUUGGAGGAGCUAAGGAACAUUUGGCAGCAUGUAAUUCGGAAUAAGGAGUCCCAGUUUGUUUGGUCUGUGGAGCUGCACCGCAAGUUUCUUGAAACUGUUAAUCAGUUAGGAGUUGACAAGGCUGUACCCAAAAAGAUUUUUGAUUUGAUGAAUGUUGAAAAUAUUACAAGGGAAGACGUGGCAACCCAUCUCCAGAAGUAUAGACUCUUUCUGAAAAGAAUGGAUAGUUCUGGACAUUUUCACAAUAAUACUAUCAGAUCCUUUUCACCUGCUGGGAUAGUUGGUAAUCUGAACACUCCAGCUGGUCUGAACGGGCAGUUUGGCCAUAACUCCCGAUAAUCAGAAUAUACUUCGGGGAACGCCAAUGUCCAUAUGGUUUGAUCACUUGCAAAACAGCAAGGAUAUCCAGACAAAUUAUUUCCCCUCAAGUGAAUGUUUUAGACAGAUAGCUAUUCUUCCUUCAGAUGACAAGGCUUCUUUGUGAUUCCUAGCUAUGAGCAUGUCCUCAUUAGGUUCUAAGAUUUUGCAUUUUUCUUCCACAAAUUAGAUUGCUCUUCUAGGUUUGAGAGGGAAAUUAAAUGUUUUCUCCAUAAAUAAUAUUUGAAGACCUUGUUCUGUUUUAAUAUUUACUCAUUUUAUUAGAUGCUUGAGACUUUAUUCAA